AUGGAACCGAUGGAAACAGAUGGAAUCAUGGUGGAAACCACAUCCAAGUACGCUAGGUUCGUUCGGAGCGACUCUGAGCAGCUCCCGAGAGACAAAACGAACAAUACUAUUAAUUCAAGACAGAUUGAUGUAAACCCGCUGGGGCCAAACGCUAUAAAUAUUUGGACGCCCAAUAAAAGAGUACGUAUAGUCACCCUAAGGCUGGGUCCACAACCUUGCUUUAAGAGGCCAAAUUUAAGAAACAUGUUUCAACUUUUCGUGGUGAUCGUCAUACUUUCUAUACUGAUCAACGUGGAACUGCGAAGAAUUCCGUUGUACAAAACAAACUCCAUUCGAAGAUCGAUUGAUAUCGAUCGUCGAUGGGAUCGUUUAUCUAGGAGUACUGACGUUGUAAGAGUACCCCUGUAUAAUGAUGGAAAUAAUGCAUACUAUUAUGGCACUAUCACUAUUGGAACUCCACCGCAAGAGUUUAAUAUUCUUUUCGAUACUAUUUCCGCAGAUUUCUGGGUACUAUCCAAAAAAUGCAACACUACACCUUGUUUGUCACAUAAUAGAUACGAUCACAAUAAAUCCAGCACAUACAAACCAAAAUAUGAAAGAUUCAGUGUUGUAUAUGAUGAUGAGGAUAAAGUCGUAGGAUACUUAUCUACUGAUGUACUAAAUAUUGCUGGUACUAAUGUUCAAAUUCAGACAUUCGGGGAAGCGAUAAUUGAAAUGGGAUUCGAUGAUGUAAAAUUCGACGGUAUCUUGGGAAUGGGUUUCUCCACGAUAUCUUUCGAAAUGUCUCCUGUUUUUACCAAUAUGAUUAAACAAGGCCUGUUGCCACGGCCCGUUUUUAGUUUUUAUUUAAAUCGGCAGUACAGGAAUUCCUCGUCCAAAUUGAGUAGUGAACUAAUAUUGGGUGGUUCCGAUAAAAGACUUUAUACAGACAAAUUCACGUACGUUAAUGUUACCUACGAAAAAUUCUGGAAUUUUACUAUAGAUCAGAUUGAAAUAGGAGACGUGAUUUUAUGCGUGAAUGGCUGUCAAGCUAUUAUCAACACGGGCACGCCUGUACUAACUGGACCGUUACCAGAUAUCGUAGUUAUUAAUAAACUGAUCGGAGCUAUUAAUACUGAAGAAACGACCAUUGUGGACUGCGACAAGAUUCAUAAUUUACUCAAUAUCUACUUCGUCUUAGGUGGCAGACCAUUCGAGCUCAGUGGUGAAGAUUAUAUUAUUAAGCUCAAGCAAAAUGGUAGGACGAAGUGUAUAAGCGCUUUUGAGAGUGCGGAUAUGAGUGAAUAUAUGGAAGCAAAUUGGAUUUUGGGUAAUGUAUUUCUUCGUCGGUACUAUACCGAGUUUGACAUGAUGAACGACCGAGUAGGAUUUGCCCCUGCAAAAUAAAUAUUAUUUUCUGAAGAAGUUACUGUUAAAAGCUAGAAGAUCUAAAUGCCAAUAAUAA